CCGAACAGAGAUGACAUGGAACAGGGGAAGCAUGGCCCUAACGUGCCUACUGCUGCUGAAGAUGCAGAAGGUGGAGAUGGUUGGUGGGAAAGUCCUGGAGGAGACCUACAUGAGGUGGAUUUACUACAAAGACGAGUGUGUGAAGAUGAUUGACAAUGAGCCAUUUCCUCAAGGCUUGUUCUGUAACAGGACGUUUGACCGCUACGCCUGCUGGCCUGAUGGUCCUCCUGGGUUGGUGGUCAACGUAUCCUGUCCCUCCUACCUGCCCUGGUUCGACAAGGUGUCUCAGGGUGUGGUGCGUCGGCAGUGUGGCUCUGAUGGCCACUGGGUGGAGGAGGAGGACGGGGAAGUCUGGAGGGACAUGUCUCAGUGUGAAGAGGAACAAGAAGUCACAUCUCAGGAGCUGUGGUUCAAGCAGUUGAUGGUGAGCUUCAGGAUGCUUUACACUGUUGGCUACACCCUGUCCCUCUUCACCCUUGUCUCAGCAGUCAUCAUUCUACUGAGUAUCAGGAAGCUUCACUGCACCCGUAACUACAUCCACGCAAACCUGUUUGUGUCUUUCAUCCUGCGAGCCGUGUCGGUGAUCGUCAAGGACACCAUGCUGGAGCGUCACUGGGGCCGGGAGAUCAUGAGACAGGCCGACCUAGAAGAAAUGCUGAGCCACGAGGCUGCCAUUGGCUGCAGGAUGGCCCAGGUGGUGAUGCAGUAUUGUGUACUAGCCAAUCACUACUGGUUCUUUGGAGAGGCCAUCUACCUGUAUUCGGUGCUCAUCGCCUCCGUAUUCAUUGAGAACAACAAGUGCUUGCCUUACAUCUGCCUCGGCUGGGGAACCCCUCUUUUAUUUGUCAUUCCUUGGAUGUUGGCCAAGCUAUUGAGAGAAAACAAAGAGUGCUGGGCAGUCAAUGAAAAUAUGAGCUACUGGUGGAUAAUACGGUUCCCCAUUCUGUUUGCGUCACUGAUCAAUUUAUUGAUUUUCAUGAAGAUUUUGAAGGUUAUUCUGUCCAAACUACGUGCCAACAAUCAGAAUGGCUAUCCUGACUACAAGCUUCGCUUGGCCAAGGCGACCCUGACCCUCAUCCCUCUAUUUGGCAUCCAUGAGGUCAUCUUCAUCUUCGCCACUGAUGAGCAGACCACUGGCAUCCUGCGCUACAUCAAGGUCUUCUUCACACUCUUCCUCAACUCAUUUCAGGGAUUUCUGGUGGCUGUGCUGUACUGCUACUGUAACAAAGAGGUGAAGACAGAGCUUGCGAAGAAACUGCAAAGCUGUAGGAUGGAGAUGGAGGUGGUGUGCUGUGGACAGUGACUAACCGAGACAAGAGUAGAACCAUUCUCCAUCGCCACAGUUCCAGAGAACAAUGGAGCUUCUACACCAGCAACAGGAGUCCAGCCCGAUAGUCCUCCAUCUCCACAGACUCAAAGUUCAAGAAAACAG